CGUUUUUUUUUUCCUCUCUGCUCUUAGAAGAAAGGAUAUCCAGCAGAAUAAAAAGAAAAAUCAUGACAGAAGAGAGCAGGUUCUGCAAAAAUUGUAAACGAGAUGUGUCUGCUGCCAAUUUCUCCCUCCAUGAGGCCCACUGCUUGCGGUUUCUCACUCUUUGUCCAGAAUGUGAUGAACCAGUUGCCCAAAAGGAUAUGAAAGACCAUCAAACAGAAGCACACAAGCAGGUCAGAUGUAAUCUUUGUCACCAAAGCAUGCAGCAAUACCAGUUGGAGCAUCAUGAGACCAAGGAAUGCCACAAACGAGCAAUGAAAUGCAAGAUCUGUGAGCUUGAAAUGCCCUUCAACAAGCUGCAGGAACACCUGAACACCUGUGCCAGCCGAACAGAGUGGUGUUGGGAGUGUAACAAAUACAUCAUGUACAAAGACCAGAACAAACACAAAGAUAUUUGUCAGAACAGUGCUCUGUCCUAUCAUAAGGAUGUGAACUUUCAAACCAGUGAAGCAUCCACUAAUGCAACAUUUAUUUGCCCCACUGGUACUGGAGGCAAUCUUUGUCGGAAGUGCAAUAAGUCAUUCCCAGAUGACCAGUACUCCCAGCAUCUGAAUAAAUGCAGUGUAGCCCAUAAGAUGACAAAAGUUCUUGCUGGCCAGUCAACUUCAAAACUCAGCAGUGAUCCACCACAGUCUUCUUCCUCCCUGGCUCCCUCUUCCUGCUCCGAGAAUGCAAUGGUGUGGAAAGAUGUCCGUCCCAAAGGGAAAGAAAGGGACCAGCCAUUGACCUCCAAAACCUUGCUUAAGCCCCCAAAGGACAAAAAGAUCAAAUGUCUACGUUUGACAUCUUUGAAAAAUGCUAGGAUGAAACAAAAAUCAAGCCAUGGAGAAAAAGAAGACUUUCUACAGCAUUCAUGACUACAUCUGAAAAUAGAGGCAUGUCUUCAGAUUGAACCUUCAGCUCAGCUUUAGCAAAAGGCACUGAAAGUGUGAUAGCUUUAUUGACAAAUAAAAGUGACUUGCUACUCUGGA